GUUUAGAUUAUGUCAGAGUUGUUUUACAUUGAUGUGUUGAUCGAUUUUCCUAAAUUUACCAUGGAAUUUCACUUUAAUUACGUAUAAUAAGUUAAAUCGGAAAAUUUCAAUGCACUAAAUAGUGACAAGAAGUCAAUCUUUAGUAUAUGCCGUUUAUUCUAUUCUAAUUAUUGCAUAAUGUCUCACAAGGAAGACGAAGAUACGUUGCAAGAUGAAGAUGUUUUUAUUAACGAAGAGGACGGAAUGCCGAACAGCCACCCUAAUAUCGGUAAUUUUGCCCAUGAAAGUGAGCCCCAGGACGAGGUAAGCGACUUCGACGAUUUACCCAAGUCCGUAAUCGUGACGAACAUCCACAGUGAAGUGUUUGCGAGUGAGAGCCUAAAAAAGGAGCUAGAAGAACUAUUUCGUACAUUCUCGGACAAAGCCACUUUCCAGUGGCUGCGAAGUUUCCGUCGCUUGCGUGUGAACUACGACAGCCCGCUGGCGGCGGCGAACGCGCGCGUGCAGCUGCACUUGUUCCAGUUCUACAGCUCGAGCAUCAACUGCUACUUCGCGCAGCCGGUGACGCCCGUGGCGUUCACGAGCCUGAAGCCGCCGGCGCUGACCAAGCAGUUCCUGAUCUCGCCGCCGUCGAGCCCGCCCGUGGGCUGGGAGCCGCGCGCCGAGGGCGAGCCGCUGGUGAACCACGACCUGCUGGCGGCGCUGGCGACCCUCGCGCCCGGCGGCUCCUGCGAGCUCCACGCGCGCACGCCCACGCAGCCCGCCAUCAUCGUGCACACCGCGCUCGCUGCCGACGCGCAGCCACACAUUGGAGUCAAGAUACCACAGACACGCUGUCCAGAAUUUUGAAUCGCGUCUAAGCAUAGAGUAUAAAGAGUAAAUUCUCAGCAACAAUCUGAAUUUUCAUGGCCUGUGAUGACUAAAAGCAGGUGUGAAUGGUAUUGCUUUAGUUUAUUUUUCUCAAGAGUAUUUUAACUUAAAGUAGCCUGUGGAGCCUCUGCAGGGUGCAGUGAUAGUGUUGAAUACUUCAAUUAUACACUCAUUUGUGCAAAAUUUCAACUUCACAAAUUAUUGUACAAUCAUUAUUUUAGAUGUUUGUGCAGGAGGAUGGUAACCAAAGAAUUGCAAUCUCUACAUGCGUUUUUGUUACUUAUUUAGUGAUAUAGAUAAAAUGAUUUGUUUAUUUCCCAGCAUUAUAAAUUAUAGCUUUUGGUAUAUUUUUCUUUGACACUAUUGUGUAUGAGUUCAGGAACAGUGGUGCUAUUUUAUUGAUCCCAUGUAUUUCUUCAUAAAAAUUAUUUGCAUGAUUUGACAAUAAUAAUAAAAUAACAUAUCAUUCAAGGUAAAAUUUCAAUAUCUUUAUGUUGUAUAUGAAUAUGUACAUUCAGUGAUGAUGAUUGAAUUUGUAGAGUUUUUUUUUGUAGGUAGGUUGUUAUUUUAAUUUGCCUAAUGUUUUUUUCUUUUCCUAUCAAUUUUACAAUUAUUGUAAUUUUCAUAAUGUCCGGAACAUAUUGAAUUUAAUUGAAUUAUGUUAUAAGCACAUGAAGCAAAUAUACAAUGUAAAAAUUUGUAGCAUGGUAUUGAAAUUGUGAAAUGAUCACAAUGUAACAAUUAAAUAGUUAAAUUUACCUGUAAAUAAAAGUUUAUUUUUGCAAAAGCCAAAAUUAAAUUAAAUGUAGGUACAAUAUCAAUGUGUCUAAUACUUGACCUAAAGAAGUGUUACAUCUUCAUGCAAUCAUGCUCAAGAAGUAAAAUAUCUUAUUCAUGCUAAGUAUUGUCAUUUAUGUCUAUCUAGUCGAUAUGGUAUUUAUAAAUAAAUUCACUGUUAUCAAUUUAUAAAAAACGUAUUUUCAACUUCUAUGUGUUUGCAUAUUACUACAUAAACUUACUCUUCUAAUUGUUAAAUGUUUAAAUUGACUAAACUCACACAUAUAUAUGUAUGUAUGUAGUUGUUAUAUGAUAAAAUAAGUACCUAUACCUACCUAAUUCAGUUUCGAGUUCGAAUUUUUGUGUUCUGCCAUUAAUUUUUUGUAUUAAUAUGGCCCAAUGUUUUAUUUAUGUUAAGAUUUACAGUCAACUUUAUAAAUCAUGAUGUACUUACAUACACAAACGUUUCAAACAUAUUAAAUUCGCAAAAUUUUAAUUCAAAAAGGCGUUGAACAGUGUAAGUACCUAGUUAUGUGUAUUUAUGAAGUUGACUAUACGAUAAUUAUGUGAAUAGAUCCAGAUGUAGGCAGUUCAUUGAAACACUAGGAAUUUCAUAUUGAAUUCAUGCUGGCACGUGCGUCACUCAUUCCUCAUUCUACACUGCUCAUACAAAGUACUCUGUGCACUACUGUUUGGCGUCAGAGGUACCGAUUGCAUGGCUCACAUAUUUCGUAUCAUGGGGAUGAGUGGAAAAAAGGGGGGGUCAUUGCCCAGCAGUGGGAACUUAAUAAAAAAGUCACUUGCAGGAUACACCUAUAAUGUCGCAGUAUUGUUAGAAAAUCCCAUAUAAAUAUCUAUCUGUAGGAUUUUGGUAUAUUUCAUUGCAUGUAGAAUCUACUUACCUACUUUAUUUAAAAUUGUUUGCUUAUAAGUACUUAGAUAAUUUCAACCGUACUGUGAUUUUAAAUUAUUAUUUUUGGUGUAAUAUAUAAAUAUAUGAGUUUUAAUAUACA